AUGGCCAAAUCUACGCUCCCGACAAAUCAAAAGAAUAAAAAACCAUCGAACAGAAGGAGGAAGAAAAGAAGAACUGAAGAUUUUUCAUCAUCUUCAGAAUCAUCAUCGUCAUCAUCAUCAGAUUCAGAUUCUGAAUCAGGAAUAGUUCAAGAAACCAUAAAUGAAACUAAUGAUAAUAUAGACCCAGAAAACAUAAAUGUCGACGAUAUAGAAUUAGAUAUUGAAGAAAAACCUUCCAAAUUUGCACCAGAAGAUCUAACAUAUGAACAAAAACAAAAACUUUCAAAAAUUCCAUUUACAGAAACAUCAAUAUCAUCAAUAACAAAUAUAAAUCCACAAAUAGCAUUAAAAAACAUACCUAAUAUAAAUGAAAUUACAACACAAUUAGAUAAAUCAAAACAAGAAAUUAACAAUGAAUUUUUAAAAAUCAUGACAAAUGAAUUUAAUAAUGAUUUAGAUGAAUUAAGAACAAAACCUGAUUUUAAACAAACUUCAUUAAUUACUUUAGCUAAAGCUUUACAAAGUGGUUCUAAUAUGUUUGAUUAUGAAAUUGUUAAAGGAUUAUUACAAGAAGAAGAGAAAGAGAAAGAAGAACUGAAAAUAAUACAAACUUAA